GAGGAGUGAGGGGUUGUAAAAGGAGAGGAGGGGGGCUCGCUCGGGCUGCCCUAUAUGGCUGUGGAUGAGUUCUAUGCUAAUAUCGGCUUGAAAGGCUCAGCUUGCGUUUCUGCCGGCAGUCAGCGGUGGCUUCCAGAGUCUGAGGAGGCUCCUUCACAGCCAUGGCUGAGGGCGGAGAAGGGGAGGAUGAGAUCCAGUUCUUGAGAACUGACGAUGAGGUGGUGCUCCAGAGCGUGGCCACCAUCCAGAAGGAGCAUCGCAAGUUCUGCCUGGCCGCGGAGGGACUCGGGAACCGCCUGUGUUACUUGGAACCCACCUCUGAAGCCAAGUAUGUUCCUCCAGACAUGUGCAUUUGUAACUUUGUGCUGGAGCAGUCGCUGUCGGUCCGCGCCCUGCAGGAGAUGCUGGCUAACACCGGAACGAGCAGCGAAGGGAAAGCCGACCAUGAAAAAUGGAGGUUAAUUAAAAAGGCGGGUCAGGGAGGCGGACACCGGACCCUGCUCUACGGUCACGCCAUCCUCUUACGUCACUCCUUCAGUGACAUGUACUUGACCUGUUUGAAGACAUCAAGGUCUCUGACAGACAAGCUGUCAUUUGAUGUCGGACUGCAAGAAGAUUCAGUAGGAGAAGCCUGCUGGUGGACUAUUCAUCCGGCGUCCAAGCAGAGAUCAGAAGGAGAGAAAGUCCGCAUUGGAGAUGAUCUGAUUCUCGUCAGCGUGUCCACUGAGAGAUAUCUGCAUCUCUCGAACUGUAACGGCAACAUUCAGGUAGACGCCUCCUUCAUGCAAACCCUCUGGAACGUCCAGCCUACGUGUUCGUCAGGCAGCAUGGCUGUAGGGUAUUUGAUUGGCGGGCAUGUGAUGCGUCUCUGUCAUGGUCACGACGAGAGCUUGACGAUCCCUGGAGCAGAUAAGAGUGAAGAGGAGCAAAGAAUAGUGAACUACGAGGCGGGGAAGGGAGCGUCAAGAGCCCGCUCCCUGUGGAGACUGGAGCCUCUCAGGAUCAGCUGGAGCGGCAGCCACAUUCGAUGGGGCCAGUCUUUCCGUCUGCGUCAUCUCUCCACUGGUCGCUAUCUGGCCUUGACUGAAGACCGUGGUUUGGUCCUGGAGGACAGAGAGAAGUGCCACACCAAAGCCACUGCUUUUUGCUUUAAGCCAUCCAAGGAAAAAGGCGAUUCUGGCAUGAAGAGGGAUAUUGACGGGAUGGGAGUCCCCGAGAUAAAGUACGGUGACUCCGUCUGUUUUGUCAUGCACGUGGCCACUGGACUGUGGCUGUCCUACCUGGCACCUGAUGCCAAAUCGUCUCGUCUUGGUCCCCUGAAAAGAAGGGCCUGCCUUCACUCUGAGGGCCACAUGGAUGAUGGUCUCAUCCUGCAGCGCUGCCAGCAUGAGGAGUCUCGGGCUGCUCGCAUCAUCCGAAACACCACAUUCCUCUUCAAAAACUUCAUAAAGGCACUGGACAGCGCUGCAGCCGGAGAGACGAAUGCGGUGGCCGCAUAUGUUGAAGAGGUGCUGCAGACGCUGAACGAUCUGAUUGAAUAUUUCAAGCAGCCCGACGUAGAUCUAGAGCACGAGGAAAAACAGGCGAGGCUUCGCUCACUCAUCAAACAACAAGACCUCUUCAAGGAGGAGGGUAUGCUGGCCCUGCUCUCCAAAUGCAUUGACCGGAUGAACCUGUAUGAUAGUGCGGCCCACUUCGGAGAGAUGGCCGGGGAGGAAGCUGGUGCAGCGUGGAAGGACAUCCUCAACCUCCUCUAUGAACUCCUGGCUGCACUGAUUCGUGGAAACCGGACCAACUGCACCCAGUUCUCCCGAAACUUGGACUGGCUGGUCAGCAAACUGGAAAGAAUGGAGUCAUCAUCAGGAAUCCUAGAAGUCCUCCACUGCAUCUUGGUGGAAAGUCCAGAAGCUCUGAACAUCAUUCAGAAAGGUCACAUUAAAUCCAUAAUUUCUCUUCUCUACAAGCAUGGACGCAACCACAAGAUUCUGGAUGUGCUGUGCUCUCUGUGUGUGUGCAAUGGGGUGGCAGUGAGAACCAAUCAGAAUCUGAUCUGUGACAACCUGCUGCCAAAAAGGGACCUGCUGCUCCAGACCAGACUGGUCAACGAUGUUCAAAGCAUGAGGCCCAACAUCUUCCUGGGCAUCGCUGAAGGUUCGGCUCAGUAUAAGAAGUGGUACUACGAGUUGGUCAUCGACCAGGUGGACCACUUUGUGACCGGAGAGCCGACCCACCUGAGAGUGGGCUGGGCCAACACCAAAGGCUACGCUCCGUAUCCUGGCGGAGGAGAGGGCUGGGGUGGAAACGGCGUUGGGGAUGACCUUUACUCCUACAGCUUUGAUGGACUUCAUCUGUGGUCAGGUCGGAUCCCCAGAGCCGUGGCCUCCAUUAACCAGCACCUGCUGAACUCGGACGACGUGGUCAGUUGCUGCUUGGAUCUGGGCGCUCCCAGCAUGUCCUUCAGGAUCAACGGGCAGCCGGUGCAGGGCAUGUUUGAGGACUUUAACACAGACGGAUUCUUCUUCCCCGUCGUCAGCUUCUCUGCUGGAGUGAAAGCCCGUUUCCUGCUGGGUGGGCGCCACGGAGACUUUAAGUUCCUGCCGCCAGCCGGUUACUCUCCGUGCUACGAAGCGCUCCUGCCCAAGGAGAAGAUGCAUGUGGAGCCUGUGAAGGAGUACAAGCGGGACCAUGACGGGGUCCGUGACCUGCUGGGAACCACCCAGUUCCUGUCCCAGGCCUCCUUUAUUCCCACUCCGGUUGACACCAGCCAGAUUGUUCUGCCGCCUCAUCUGGAGAACAUCCGCGACAAGUUGGCAGAAAACAUCCACGAACUUUGGGGAAUGAAUAAGAUCGAACUGGGCUGGACGUAUGGCAAGGUUCGCGACGACAACAAGAGGCAGCACCCUUGUCUUGUGGAUUUCAGCAAGCUGCCUGAAACUGAAAAGAACUACAACGUGCAGAUGUCAAGCGAAACACUCAAGACGCUGUUGGCACUUGGCUGCCAUGUUGCCCAGGUUAAUGUUCACGCUGAAGAGGACCUGAAGAAAAUCAAAUUACCAAAAGACUACAUGAUGUCUAAUGGAUACAAGCCUGCGCCACUGGAACUCUCUGACAUGAAACUGACUCCAGGUCAAGAGGUUCUGGUUGAUAAACUGGCCGAAAAUGCACACAACGUUUGGGCCAAAGACAGAAUCAAACAAGGAUGGACCUAUGGCAUCCAGCAGGAUGUGAAGAGCAGACGUAACCCUCGCUUGGUGCCAUAUGCUUUAUUGGAUGAACGCACAAAGAAAUCUAACAGAGACAGUCUGAGAGAGGCCAUUCGGACGAUGGUUGGAUACGGAUAUGACAUCGACCCUCCAGACCAGGAGGUUGUGCAUGCAAUAGAUAAUCAGAGCAUCGAGACAAUCCGCUUUUUCCGCGUGGAGCAAACGUACGCCGUGAAGACCGGGAAGUGGUACUUUGAGUUUGAGGUUCUGAGCGGAGGCGACAUGAGGGUUGGCUGGGCCAGGCCGGGCUGCAGGCCCGACGUGGAGCUGGGAACCGAUGACCAGGCCUACGUCUUUGAUGGAUACAGGGGUCGACGGAUGCAUGCUGGUAGCCGUUACUUUGGGCAUCCGUGGAAGAAGGGCGACGUGGUUGGUUGCAUGAUCAACAUGGAGGACAAAUCCAUGAUUUUCACUCUGAACGGAGAGCUCCUGAUCACCAGCAAGGGCUCUGAGCUCGGCUUCGCUGACUUUGAAACGGAGGAUGGUUUUAUUCCGGUGUGCAGCCUCGGGAUGUCUCAGAUCGGCCACAUGAACCUCGGAAAGGACGCCAGCACGUUUAAGUACUACACCAUGUGUGGCCUCCAGGAAGGCUUUGAGCCCUUUGCUGUCAACAUGAACAGGGAGAUAACCAUGUGGUUCAGCAAGCGUUUGCCCACGUUUUUCAACGUACCCCAGGACCACAUGCACAUCGAGGUUACCAGGAUUGACGGGACAGUGGACAGCCCCCCGUGUCUCAAGGUCACACAUAAGACGUUUGGCACCCAGAACAGCAACAGCGACAUGGUUUACUGCAGGCUGAGCAUGCCGGUGGAGUUCUACUCUGCAGACAGACUGCUGGACGAGUCGCUGAAGCUCAGCCAACCUCCCAAAGAAGAUGGAAGUAUUGACUAUGGAAGCAUCACAACCUACUACCACUCAGUGAGAGUGUUUGCCGGACAGGACCCUGCCAGCGUGUGGGUGGGCUGGGUCACACCAGACUAUCACUACUACAGCAAGAACUUCAGUCUCAGCAAGACGCAAACUGUCACCGUCACCCUGGGAGACGAGCGGGGCCGGGUCCACGAGAGUAUCCAGAGGAGCAACUGCUACAUGGUCUGUGCAGCAGAUGCACUCGGCCCGUCUUCCUCCAGCCGCUCAAACACCGACCUGGAAAUCGGCUGUCUGGUCGACUUGGCCACUGGCCUCGUCUCCUUCACCGCCAACGGCAAAGAACUGCCUACAGCGUAUCAGGUGGAGCCGAACACCAAGCUGUUCCCGGCUGUGUUUUGCUGCCCCACCAGUUCCAACCUCUUCCAGUUUGAAUUUGUCAAAAUAAAGGAUGCCAUGCCGCUGUCGUCAGCCAUGUUCAGAAGCGAGCAGCGGAACCCGGUUCCUCAGUGUCCGCCGCGUCUGGAUGUGCAAACCAUCGUGGCCGUGCUUUGGAGCCGGAUGCCAAACACCUUCCUGAACGUGGAGACGGCUCGGGUCAGCGAGCGGCACGGCUGGGUGGUGCAGUGUCUGGAGCCUCUGCAGAUGAUGGCCGUGCACAUACCUGAAGAGAACAGGUGUUUGGACAUCAUGGAGCUGUCAGAGCAUGAAGACCUGAGGAAGUUUCACUCCCACACUCUGAAGUUGUACUGCGCCCUCUGCGCUCUGGGAAACACGCGUGUGGCUCACGCUCUCUGCAGCCACUUAGACCAAUCACAGCUUCUCUACACCAUCGACAACCAGUACCUGUCGGGCAUGCUCAGAGAAGGCUUCUACGACGUCCUCAUCAGCAUUCAUCUUGAGACGGCGAAAGAGGCACGGCUAAUGAUGAACAACGAAUUCAUCAUCCCUGUGACGGAUGAGACCCGGUCCAUCAAGCUGUUCCCAGAUGAAUCUAAGCGGCAUUCUCUUCCCGGAGUCGGCCUGAGCACUUCCCUCAAACCCCGAGUCAACUUCUCCCCGGUCGGCAUCAUCAGCACCAAACGCCACCAGCUCCUCUACAGCCCCCAGAUCCCCCUGGGCAUUCUGAAGGAGAAAGCCAUCAGCAUGCUGACGGAGGCCGUGCAGGGAGGAGGCUCCCACAUCCGAGACCCGGUAGGCGGGAGCCUAGAGUACCAGUUCGUCCCCAUCCUGAAGCUCAUCGGAACGCUGCUCAUCAUGGGAGUGCUGACCAGCGACGAGGUGAGGCUGAUUCUCCUCCUCAUCGAGCCCAACGUGUUUGGGGAGGCCAAGGAGGGAGAAGAGGGGAGCGAGGUGGUGGUGGCGGGGGAGAAAGAGGAGGUGAGCAAGAACGAGGAGAAGGCUGUGGAGGCGGGAGAGGAGGAGACCAAGGAGAGCAAACCGGCCGCCAAAGGCCUGCUGGAGAAGUCCCUGCCGGAGUCUGUUAAACACCAGAUGUGCGAGCUGCUGCACUACUUCUGCGACUGUGAGCUGCAGCACCGCAUCGAGGCCAUCGUCUCCUUCUCCGACCGCUUCGUCUCCAAACUGCAGUACAACCAGAAGUUUCGCUACAACGAGCUGAUGCAGGCUUUCAACAUGUCUGCCGCCGUCACGGCCAAGAAGACAAAGGAGUUUCGCUCGCCGCCACAUGAACAGAUCAAUAUUCUGCUGAACUUCAGUGCAGGGGAGGACUGCCCUUGUCCCGAGGAGAUCCAGGAUGAACUCACGUCUUUCCAUGAAGAAUUACGGCUGCACUGUGGAAUCCCUGUGGAGGAGCAGGAGGAAGAGCAGGACACAUCGAUUAAAGGUCGGCUCCUGGCUCUGCUCUACAAGAUCAAGGGCCCGCCUCAGAAGACAGAGGAGCAGCCCGCAGAGACAGAACAGGCCGCCCCGACCAACCUGAAGGAGCUGAUUUCUCAGACGAUCACCAGCUGGGCCCAGGAGUCCCACAUCCAGAACCCGGAGCUGGUCCGAGUCAUGUUCAGCCUGCUGAGGAGGCAGUAUGACGGCAUCGGCGAACUGCUGCGGGCCAUGAAGAAGUCGUACACCAUCAGCGCCGCCUCGGUGCAGGACGGCAUCAACCUGCUGGUCUCUCUGGGUCAAAUCAGGUCGCUGCUUUCAGUGCGCAUGGGCAAGGAGGAGGAGAAGCUCAUGAUCGAUGGGCUCGGGGACAUCAUGAACAACAAGGUUUUCUACCAGCAUCCCAAUCUGAUGAGAGUUUUGGGAAUGCAUGAGACGGUCAUGGAGGUCAUGGUCAACGUCCUGGGUGGAGACAAGUCCCAGGAGAUUGCCUUUCCCAAGAUGGUGGCCAGCUGCUGUCGAUUUCUGUGCUAUUUCUGCCGCAUCAGCCGGCAGAACCAGAAGGCCAUGUUUGACCACCUGAGCUACCUGCUGGAGAACAGCAGCGUUGGACUGGCGUCUGAAGCGAUGCGAGGCUCCACUCCUCUGGAUGUCGCAGCAUCUUCAGUGAUGGACAACAACGGUCUGGCUUUAGCUCUGGAGGAACCUGACCUGGAAAAGGUGGUGAUGUACCUGGCAGGAUGCGGCCUGCAGAGCUGUGCCAUACUGGUUGCCAAGGGUUACCCGGACCUGGGCUGGAACCCCAUAGAGGGAGAGCGUUACCUCUCAUUCCUGAGAUUUGUCGUCUUCUGCAAUGGUGAGAGCGUGGAGGAAAAUGCUAACGUGGUGGUGAAGCUGCUGAUCCGACGUCCCGAGUGCUUCGGCCCUGCCCUGAGAGGCGAGGGGGGACAAGGUCUGCUGGCUGCGAUGAAGGAGGCCAUCAAGAUCUCUGAGGAUCCCGCGCUGGACCUGCCCAAGAGCCCGGCUGGAGCCACCGCAGGGUCUGGUGAAGAGGAAGGAGAAGUUAUCCACAUGGGCAACGCCAUCAUGUCCUUCUACUCCGCCCUCAUCGACCUGCUGGGACGCUGCGCUCCAGAGAUGCAUCUUAUCAAUGCAGGGAAAGGUGAAGCGUUGCGUAUCAGAGCCAUCCUGCGCUCUCUGGUUCCCACGUCAGACCUGGUGGGCAUCAUCAGCAUCCCCCUCAAGAUGCCUGUGAUUAACAAAGACGGAUCCGUGACAGAACCCGACAUGUCGGCCUGCUUCUGCCCGGACCACAAGGCCCCCAUGGUGCUUUUCCUGGACAGAGUUUACGGCAUUGAGGACCAGAGUUUCCUGCUGCAGAUGCUGGAAGUCGGGUUCCUGCCGGACCUCAAGGCCUCGGCGUCUCUGGACACGGAAGUACUGAGCACCACGGAGACGGCGCUGGCCAUGAAUCGCUACAUCGGUUCGGCUCUGCUUCCUCUGCUGACCCGCUGCGCCGCUCUGUUCGGCAACACGGAGCACUACGCACAUCUAGUCGACUCCACGCUGGAGACCAUCUAUCGGCUGUCCAAAGGUCGCUCGCUCACUAAAGCCCAGCGGGACGCCAUCGAGGAGUGUCUGCUGGCCAUCUGCAAGCAUCUUCGACCAUCCAUGAUGCAGCAGCUGCUCAGGCGCCUCGUCUUCGAUGUUCCUCUGCUCACUGAAUACUGCAAGAUGCCUCUCCGGCUGCUGACCAACCACUAUGAGCAGAACUGGAAGUACUACUGCCUGCCGUCUGGGAUGGGCGGCUUCGGCAUGGCCUCUGAGGAAGAGCUGCUGCUCACAAAGAAACUCUUCUGGGGAAUUUUUGACUCUCUUUCUCAGAAGAAAUAUGAUUCUGAGCUGUUUAAAAUGGCCAAGUCGUGCCUGUGUGCCAUUGCUGGAGCUUUGCCUCCAGACUUCGUGGACACCAGCUUAGGGGCGACGGUGGAGAAGCAGGAGUCGGUGGAUGCACAGGGAAACUUUGAGCCCAAACCCAUCAACACUGCCAACAUCUCCCUUCCUGAAAAACUUGACUACAUUGCUAAUAAGUAUGCAGAGCAUUCCCACGACAAGUGGGCUUCAGAGAAGAUGUCGGCUGGCUGGAAACACGGAGACAGUUUGGACGAGCAGGCCAAAGCCCAUCCGCUGCUGAAGCCGUAUAAAUCUUUAAGUGAGAAGGAGAGGGAGACGUACCGCUGGCCUGUGAAAGAGUCCCUGAAGAGCAUGCUGGCGAUGAACUGGAACAUUGAGAGGACCAAGGAGGGAGAAGCCAUGUUCCAGCAGCGAGAGAGUGAAAAACAGAGGAAGCUCUCAGAAACUCAGUCUAACGGAUUCAGUCCUGCUCCGAUGGACCUGCACAAUGUCACUUUGUCCCGAGAGUUACAGAGUAUGGUGGAAGUGGUUGCAGAAAAUUACCACAACAUCUGGGCUAAGAAGAAGAAGUCAGAACUUCUGAGUAAAGGAGGAGGGUUGGCUCACCCGCUGCUUGUUCCCUAUGAUACCCUGACUGCUAAGGAGAAGUACAGAGACAAAGAAAAGGCCCAAGAGCUCUUCAAGUUCCUGCAGAUAAGUGGCUAUGCUAUCACAAGAGGUCUGAAGGACAUGGAGCAGGACUCGUCAUCCAUGGAAAAACGUUUUGCCUACAAGUUCCUAAAGAGGCUGCUGAAGAAUAUCGACUCUGCUCAGGAGUUUAUCGCCCAUCUGGAGGCGAUGGCCACCAGUGGGAAAACUGACAAGUCCCCACAUGACCAGGAGAUCAAGUUCUUUGCAAAGGUUUUACUUCCAUUGAUUGAUCAGACAUUUAAGAACCACUGCCUUUACUUCCUGUCCACACCCAACAAGAACCUGAGCAGCUGUGGUUGCGCCUCCAACAAGGAGAAGGAGAUGGUCACCAGCCUGUUCUGUAAGAUGGCAGCUCUUGUUAGACACAGGAUUUCUCUCUUUGGAAGUGACUCUGCGAUCAUGGUGAGCUGUCUUCACAUCCUGUCCCACUCACUCGACACGAGAACAGUGAUGAAAUCCGGCGCAGAGCUGGUCAAAGUCGGCUUCAAGGCCUUCUUUGAGAACGCGGCGGAGGACUUGGAGAAGCUGGUGGAGAUGCUGAAGCUGGGGAAGUUCAUGCAGUCGCGCGCACAGAUGAAGAGCGUCACUCAGAGCAUCAACUAUGUGACCGUGGCCCUGCUGCCCAUCCUCACUGCCCUGUUUGAACACACCAGGACGCACGAGUUUGACGUGGACCUGCUCGUGGAUGAUGUGCAGCUGUCCUGCUACCGAAUCCUGAUGUGUUUCUACAGCCUGGGAACCGGAAAGAAUGUCUUUGUGGAGAGGCAUCUGCCAGCGAUUGGGGAGAGUCUGGCGACCUUGGUGGGAGCGAUGCCGGUGGCGUUCCUGGAGCCUGAUCUUAACGCCCACAACCCACUUUCAGUUUUCAACACCAAGACGCCCCGAGAGCGAGCCAUCCUGAGCAUGCCCGACACGGUGGAGGAGAUGUGUCCAGAAAUGCCUCGCCUCGACAAGCUGCUCAAGGACGUCAAUGACGUGUCGGAGUCCGGCGCUCGCUACAGUGACAUGCCACAGGUCAUUGAGGUCGUCCUCCCCAUGCUGUGCAACUACUUGUCCUACUGGUGGGAGAAAGGCCCGGAGAACUCGCCGCCGGACACCGACUGCUGCACCAUGGUGACGUCUGAACACCUGAGCAUCAUUCUGGGAAACAUCCUGAAGAUCCUCAACAACAACCUGGGCAUUGAUGACGCUCCCUGGAUGAAGAGGAUUGCAGUUUACUCGCAGCCAAUCAUCUGCAAAGCUGGAGCUGAUUUGUUGAGAACCCACUUUCUGCCCACAAUGGAGAAACUGAAGAAGAAGACAGUGAAGGUUGUGUCUGAGGAGGAGCUGCUGAAGGCCGAUGGGAAAGGAGACAACCAGGAAGCAGAGCUGCUCAUCCUGGACGAGUUCGCGGUGCUCUGCAGGGACCUCUACGCUUUCUACCCCAUGCUCAUCCGCUACGUGGACAACAACAGGUCCAGGUGGCUUAAGGAGCCGGAUGCAGACUCCACUGAGCUCUUCAGGAUGGUGGCUGAGAUUUUCAUCCUCUGGUGCAAAUCCAACAACUUCAAGCGUGAGGAGCAAAACUUUGUGAUUCAGAACGAGAUCAACAAUCUGGGCUUCCUGACCGGGGAGGGCAAGUCCAAGAUGUCCAAGUCUGGUGGAGACCAGGAGCGGAAACAUAAACGGCGCCGCGGUGAAUAUUACUCCAUCCAGACGUCUCUGAUCGUAGCUGCGCUCAAGAAGCUGCUGCCCAUCGGCUUGAACAUGUGCACACCGGGAGACCAGGAGCUCAUCUCUUUGGCAAAGAUUCGCUACAGCCUGAAAGACACGGACGAUGAGGUGAAAGAGCAUUUGCGUCAGAACCUCCACCUGCAGGAAAAGUCUGAUGAUCCAGCAGUUCACUGGCAGCUGAACCUUUAUAAAGACGUAGUGGUGAAAUCGGAGGAGCCGUCGGAUUCGGAGCACACGGUGGACAGAAUCCAGAGCAUCUCUGCAGCCGUCUUCAAUUUGGAGCAGGUGGAACAGCCUCUGAGGAACAAGAAGUGCAUCGUCCAGAAGCUGCUGUCCAAGCAGCGUAAGCGAGCCGUCGUUGCUUGUUUCCGCAUGGCUCCACUCUACAACUUACCCAGAUACAAAAAUAAUAAUUACUUCCUGAAUGGCUAUCGGGAGGUUUGGCUGGAAAGGGCGUUCAAAGCCUCCAGCUUUGACCGCCUGUUCUCCCUGCUGACGAAAACACCGAUGAAGAUCGUGGAGGAAGAGGAGGAGGAGGUGGCUGAGAUCAAGCCGGAUCCGCUCCACCAGCUCAUCCUCCACUUCAGCCACAACGCUCUGACAGAGAGAAGCCACCUGGAAGUUGAUCCUUUAUAUAUUGCAUAUGCAGACAUGAUGGCAAAGAGCUGUGCAGAGGAUGAGGAGGAAGAGGAAGAAGAAGGGCGGGAAAAGACUUUUGAGGAAAAGGAGAUGGAGAAGCAGAAGAUCCUGUAUCAGCAGGCGAGGCUGCACGCGCGUGGGGCUGCAGAGAUGGUGCUGCAGAUGAUCAGCGCCAGCAAAGGUCGUCUGGGCCCCAUGGUGACCUGCACCCUCAAACUGGGCAUCUCCAUCCUAAAUGGAGGCAACGUGCAAGUUCAACAGAAAAUGCUCGGUUACUUGACGGACAAAAGAGACGCAGGCUUUUUCAAGAGUCUGUCAGGACUGAUGCAGUCUUGCAGUGUCCUGGAUCUGAAUGCAUUUGAGAGGCAAAACAAGGCAGAAGGACUUGGCAUGGUGACGGAAGAAGGUUCAAUCAACACUCAGCGGGGCUCCAAGGUGCUUCAGAACGACGAAUUCACCAAAGAUCUGUUCCGCUUUUUGCAACUUCUCUGUGAGGGACACAACGGAGAUUUCCAGAACUUCCUGAGAACCCAAACUGGAAACACGACCACAGUGAACAUCAUCAUCAGCACUGUGGACUACCUGCUCCGCCUCCAGGAAUCGAUCAGUGAUUUUUACUGGUAUUAUUCUGGGAAAGAUGUAAUUGAUGAAACUGGGAAGCACAACUUCUCCAAAGCUUUAUCUGUAGCCAAGCAGAUUUUUAACUCGCUCACUGAGUACAUUCAGGGGCCUUGCAUUGGAAACCAGCAGAGUUUAGCUCACAGCAGACUGUGGGAUGCAGUCGUCGGCUUCCUGCAUGUGUUUGCAAACAUGCAAAUGAAGCUUUCACAGGAUGCCAGUCAGAUUGAGUUGUUGAAGGAACUGAUGGAUUUACAGAAGGACAUGGUUGUCAUGCUGCUGUCUCUCCUUGAGGGAAACGUGGUGAACGGGACAAUCGGGAAGCAGAUGGUCGACACCCUGGUGGAGUCUUCCAGUAACGUGGAGAUGAUCCUGAAAUUCUUCGACAUGUUCCUCAAACUGAAAGACCUCACCACGUCCGACAACUUUAAGGAGUACGACCCGGAAUGCAAAGGCGUCAUUUCCAAGAAGGAGUUCCAGAAGUCGAUGGAGAGCCAGAAGCAGUACAACCAGUCAGAAAUCGAGUUCCUGCUGUCGUGCGCGGAGGCCGACGAGAACGACAUGUUCAACUACAAGGAGUUUGUGGAGCGAUUCCACGAGCCGGCCAAGGACAUCGGGUUCAACGUGGCCGUGCUGCUGACCAACCUGUCCGAACACAUGCCGCACGACGCCCGGCUCGCCACCUUCCUGGACCUGGCCGAAAGCGUCCUCAGCUACUUCGAGCCGUACCUGGGGCGCAUCGAGAUCCUGGGCAGCGCCAAGCGAAUCGAACGCGUUUACUUCGAGAUCAGCGAGUCGAGCCGCGAGCAGUGGGAAAAGCCGCAGGUGAAGGAGUCCAAGCGGCAGUUCAUCUUUGACGUGGUGAACGAGGGAGGAGAGAGCGAGAAGAUGGAGAUGUUUGUGAACUUCUGCGAGGACACCAUCUUUGAGAUGCAGCUGGCCUCGCAGAUCUCCGAGCCGGACGCCGUGGAGCAGCCGGAGGAGGAGGAGGAGGAAGAGGUGCACAACAUCCUGGAGGAGCUUUCUGGGGGAGACGCCGCCGCCCUGGAGUCCGCCUCGGCGUUCACCACCGCCUGUCGUUCGGUCAAGAAGAGUCUCUCAGAAAUCCGGCAGAUCUUCACCAUUAAAACGGCGCGCAAGCAGUUCAAGAAAAUCAAGAAGCUGAGCAUCAAGGAGCUGAUCACCGGCUUCUUCUCCUUCUUCUGGAUGAUCGUCAUCGGCUUCUUUAAGGGGAUUAUCAGCCUCGUGUUCGGUUUCUUCCACGUCAUCUGGUCGUCCAUGUUCGGCGGAGGGCUUGUUGAAGGAGCCAAGAACAUAAAGGUGACGGACAUCCUGGGCAACAUGCCGGACCCGACGCAGUUCGGCAUCCACGGCGACGUGGGGGAAGGAGACAAAGUGGAAGCCAUGGAGUCGUCGGGCAGCUUGGAUAAAGCCAUGGCUCCUGCAGGAGACGCCACUGAGGUGGACGUGAUGCUGGAGAUGCUGACGCCUAAGAAGGAGGGAGGGAAACACGUGGAGCCCGGCCUGGGGGACGUGUCGGAGCUGAGCGGGGAGUCCUCCGCUGCAGACAGCAAGAAGAAAGCCGCUGCCAAGACGGCUGCUCCCUCUGAGAGUGAGACGGAAAAAGCAGACACAGAGACCCGGGAGAAGGAGGACAAACCAAAGGAGGAGGCGAAGGAACCAGCCGUGGAGGAGAAACCCAAACCCAGAUCCAGUCAGCCCAAAGAGGCGUCUCCGGCCUUCAUGUCAACCGUCUUCGCCAUUCUUGACGUCUAUCUGAAUAAGAUACUGAACUACCUGGCUCGUAACUUCUACAACCUCCGUUUCCUGGCUCUGUUUGUUUGCUUCGCCAUCAACUUCAUCCUGCUCUUUUACAAGGUCACUGGUGAAGCUGAGGAAGAGGAGGAAGACGAGGAGAACCACUGGGGUGACGAUGAUGACGAGAACACGCUGUUUGACAUGGACGAGUUUGUGCUGCAGGAGAGCACCGGGUACAUGCUGCCGACGCUGCGCUUCCUGGCCAUCUUCCACACCGUCAUCUCGCUGCUCUGCCUGGUUGGCUACUACUGCCUGAAGGUUCCUCUGGUGGUGUUCAAGAGGGAGAAGGAGAUCGCCAGGAAGCUGGAGUUCGACGGUUUGUACAUCACUGAGCAGCCGUCCGACGACGACAUCAAGGGCCAGUGGGAUCGACUCGUCAUCAACACGCCAUCUUUUCCCAACAACUACUGGGACAAGUUUAUCAAGCGCAAGGUGAUCAACAAAUAUGGCGACAUGUAUGGAGCGGAGCGCAUCGCUGAGCUUUUGGGUCUGGAUAAGAGCGCUCUGGACUUUGACCCCACCGUGGAGACGGUGGAGAAGGAGGCGUCCCUGCUGUCCUGGCUGAGCUCUAUUGACACAAAGUACCACAUCUGGAAACUAGGAGUGGUUUUGACCGACAAUUACUUCCUGUAUCUCAUCUGGUACACCACCAUGUCCAUCUUUGGACACUUCAACAACUUCUUCUUCGCUGCACAUCUGCUGGACAUCGCCAUGGGCUUCAAGACGCUGCGCACCAUCCUGUCCUCCGUCACUCACAACGGCAAGCAGCUUGUGCUGACCGUCGGUCUGCUGGCCGUGGUCGUCUACCUCUACACUGUGGUGGCCUUCAACUUCUUCAGAAAGUUCUACAACAAGAGCGAGGACGAAGACGAGCCCGACAUGAAGUGUGACGACAUGAUGACGUGCUACUUGUUCCACAUGUAUGUGGGCGUGAGAGCCGGCGGAGGCAUCGGAGACGAGCUGGAGGACCCGGCCGGAGAUCCCUACGAACUCUACCGCAUCCUGUUUGACAUCACCUUCUUCUUCUUCGUCAUCGUCAUCCUGCUGGCCAUCAUUCAGGGUUUGAUCAUCGACGCCUUUGGGGAGCUGAGAGACCAGCAGGAGCAGGUCAAGGAGGACAUGGAGACCAAAUGCUUCAUCUGCGGCAUCGGGAACGACUACUUUGAUCGGACGCCUCACGGGUUUGAAACUCACACCCUGCAAGAGCACAACCUGGCCAACUACCUGUUCUUCCUGAUGUACCUAAUCAACAAGGAUGAGACUGAACACACGGGUCAGGAGUCGUACGUGUGGAAGAUGUACCAGGAGAGAUGCUGGGACUUCUUCCCUGCAGGAGACUGCUUCCGCAAGCAAUACGAGGACCAGCUGGGCUAGGAGGGGGGCGGUCUGCCCCUCCCCUACUUGACGUCGCCCUGUUACCAGAACCUGAACGCAUUUUGAAUUCUACCGCUCACUGGACGCUCCGGAUUUGUGCGUCCAGUGAGCGGUAGACGCCGACGGCUCAUUUAUGCAAAGCCCUUUGUUUUGAUUCUGACUCACAUUGCCUUUCCCACCUGCUUAAACCCACCAUGUGUUGUGUGUAGACAUCUGAAACACGGCUAAGGGUUACAGCAUGACGACUGAAUGUCCGUAAAUGCACAAUUUCUCGUCAACCUGAGUGGACGUUUGCUCCUGGAAUGGAUCAGUGCUGAUUGAGUUAAAUGAUUUGCCUUUUCAACGCUGGCUCAAGCGCGUAACGAAACGAACGUGGUUCCUUCAGGACCAGAGCCGAAUCUGUUAGGUGUCUAUCAAGUGCCAACGUGCCUUUGGAAAAAUUAACUAUGCAAAAACGAGUCUUUGUUCCUCUUAACACAAGCAGUGCUCUAGUUCUGGUCUUAAUCACAUCGGUUUUUUGGCUUUUAAAUUAACAAAAAAAAAAACAUUUGUUGUAUAAAUCUAGACAUUUCUUGUGUAAAUGUUGCUUAGUUUGGUUGUGUUCCUACUCUGUGGUGUCCUGCCCACCCUGCACUUCUUCUCCACAGUAGACGAACCCCACAACAGAGGAGAGUUAUGAAACUUGGUUCAAUGAUUUAUUGGCUGAAACUGUGCGGCCAUUUGUACGUAUGUAGGAGGAAAAUAAUAAACUGAUGCAAUACGA